AUGCAAAAACUUCUCAACGCUGCUCAUGUAGCCCCAGAAAUCUUUGAGCUACGUCCCGAUUAUCGCGCCCUGUUGAUGGUUGUUGAGGGCAUUCGCCCGGGCCCUAGUGACGAUGCCAGCGAGACUCUUUUGCGCGAGGCGGAAAAAUCUGUCAAAGGACUGUUGUCGGAACGUGCAGUUACUGAACUUCCACAUGUCGCCGCGUGGCGCGAAACCUACAAGGCCUUUGGAGCGAAGCCUCAGAAAACACGCAAUAGCCUGGAAGCACUGAGUCGGCGUGCAGAAGGCGGCCUUCCGCGUGUGAAUCGAUUGACGGAUAUUUACAACGCUAUUUCCGUGAAGCACCAGGUCCCCAUCGGCGGCGAAGAUCUAGACAAAUACAACGGAUCACCGUUUCUUACCCGUGCCAGCGGACAGGAACCGUUUGAGACCUUCUCUGGUGGCCAGGCCCAAAGCGAGUGUGCCGUGCCAGGGGAGCCUAUUUGGUGUGAUGAUGCGGGCAUUACCUGUCGUCGCUGGAACUGGCGCCAAGGCCCACGGACUGCAUUAACAGACGAUACAACGCGUGUGCUGUUUAUUUUAGAUGCAUUAGAACCACUUUCAGACGAAUCUCUAGUCCAAGCUGCUGACGAGCUGGCUUCAGCCUUGAAGCUCUUAUCACCAGAGGUUCGCACAGCACGGAGAAUAAUCAGCGCUUCACCUUCGGCUCCGUCUGGCGAGUCUUAG